AUGAUACCAAAGAAAACUGAAGUUUGUAAAAAGUCCACAACGCCAAGAUGGGAAGAACAUUUCACCGUACUAGUCACUCCAUAUUCAAAACUCGAUUUUCGUAUUUUGAACCAGAACCACAUUCGAGCAAACUCACUUAUGGGUGAAGUUAUACUUGACUUGUAUCCUCUUUUGAAGGAAAAUAAUGGAAAAUUUAAUCAUCAUUCAAAAACACUGGAUUUAAAAUUAAAUGGAAAAGGCAAGGUGGGGGACUUGUCUAUUGUGUUACAUGGGAUGGAUGUCAAAAUGGAACAUCUUCCCCCAAAACGUCAUAGUGCUGCUUUGGCAAAUGGUCGUCCAAAUGUGCCAAACGGAAUAUCUGGCGCUCUGACGUCUGAGGGCUCCAGUCGUGACCGCCGAUCCAGUAUGAGUCGUUCACCAUCGCAGUCUAGCACCAAUGGCACACCAACCCGACCACAAUCUGCCAGCAUCAAUGGUGCCAUUUCACUGCCCCCUUUACAUAUUCCUCCUCAUCGGCGAUCUGCCCCCAAAGCUUCUCGCUCCUCCUCUUCUUCCUCCUCCUCUAAUACUCCAUCCUCUUCUCACAGUGCUUCUGGUUCCAACACCCCUUCCACUACUGGCACAUCACUUAUCACACAAAAUACUUCUUUGUCGCCAGGUGUCAGAGGAGCUGAAGGUGGCUCUGUACCAAAUCCAAUUCAGUUACAGAAUGGAGUGGCGCCAAGUCCUGUGUCUCCGCCUGCAGUGAAUUCUGUUCCACCUUCUCCAUUAUCCAAUGCCGGAGUCACAGCUGGUUCAAGUGCAAACGGUGCCGCAGCUGCUGCUUCUCCUGCUGCUGACGGAGUCUGUGGGGCUGCUCCCAAUUAUGCUUCCCAACAGGCCUCAUCCCAGACCCCACCCACUCAAGCUCAGGCUCAAGCACAAGCUCAAGCCCAACUUCAACAAGCCCAGGAUCCAUUGCCCCCGGGUUGGCAAAUGAGGUUUGAUCCGCAAGGUCGGCCAUAUUAUGUAGAUCACAACACAAGAACUACUACUUGGGAGAGGCCCUUACCUCUAGGAUGGGAGCGUCGUGUUGAUAACCGUGGACGUGUUUAUUAUGUUGAUCACAACACACGCACAACAACGUGGCAGAAGCCUAACAUGGACAUGGUCCUCAACUGGCAGCAGUGGCAGCAAUGGCGUAAUAACAGAACCAUGGAACAUUUACAACAGAGAUUUUUGUACCCACAGAAUCCACUGUUGUCUUCAGAAAGUGAUUCCCAAGAUGCACUUCCUCAGGGAUGGGAGAAAAGAGUUGAUGCAAAUGGCAGAGUGUAUUUUGUUAAUCACAAAAAUCGAACGACCCAAUGGGAAGAUCCUAGGACGCAAGGCAGAAUUCUUCAAGAAGAUCCCUUGCCAGAAGGCUGGGAAAUGCGUUAUACUGCAGAAAAUGUCCGCUACUUUGUGGACCAUAAUACUCGGACCACCACAUUCCAAGAUCCUCGAGGUGGUCCCUGCAAAGGACCCAAAGGUGCUUUUGGUGUUCCAAUUCAAUAUGAAAGAAGUUUCCGCUGGAAAUUGGGUCAGUUUCGUUACUUGUGUCACUCCAAUGCUUUACAAGGUCAUGUAAAAAUCACUGUUUCCAGAGACAAUUUAUUUGAAGAUUCUUUCACUCAGAUUAUGAGAUUAGCCCCUUAUGACUUAAGACGAAGAUUGUACAUCAUAUUUAAAGGAGAAGAAGGUUUGGAUUAUGGCGGUGUGGCAAGGGAAUGGUUUUUCCAUCUCUCACAUGAAGUUCUCAACCCAAUGUACUGCCUUUUUGAAUAUGCAAGCACUAAAAACUAUAGUCUGCAAAUUAAUCCUGCAUCUAGUGUGAAUCCUGACCAUUUGUUAUACUUCAAGUUCAUUGGGAGAUUUAUUGCUAUGGCUUUAUAUCACGGCAAGUUCAUUGACAGUGGUUUCACCUUACCGUUUUAUAAGAGAAUGCUCAACAAAAAGCUAACAAUAAAAGACAUCGAAACAAUUGAUCAGGAAUUUCACAACUCUUUAAUGUGGAUCAAAGAGAACAACAUAGAAGAGUGCGGUUUAGAACUAUUCUUCUGUGGAGACUUUGAAAUUCUUGGCAAGUUGGAACAGCAUGAACUGAAACCUGGAGGUGCUGAAUUAAAAGUUUCAGAAGAGAAUAAAGAUGAAUAUAUUAGUCUGAUGACUAAUUGGAGAUUUACACGAGGUGUUGAGGAGCAGACCAAGGCCUUUUUAGAUGGCUUCAAAUUGAGUGUUUUCUUUUUGUUUUUUUUCCCUUUUUUUUUUGUUUUGGUUGUUUCUCUUUUUCGUCCCUCUCUUUUUCGUCCCUCUCUUUUUCGUCCCUCUCUUUUUCGUCCCUCUCUUUUUCGUCCCUCUCUUCUUCUUCUUCCUCCUCUCUUCUUCUUCCUCCUCUCUUCUUCUUCCUCCUCUCUUCUUCUUCUUCCUCUUCUUCCUCCUCUCUUCUUCUUCUUCCUCCUCUCUUCUUCUUCUUCCUCUUCUUCCUCCUCUCUUCUUCUUCUUCUUCCUCUCUUCUUCUUCUUCUUCCUCUAUUCUUCUUCUUCUUCCUCUAUUCUUCUUCUUCUUCUUCCCCUCUUCUCUCUUCUCUCUCCCGUCUUCUCUUCCCUCUCCCGUCUUCUCUUCCCUCUCCCGUCUUCUUUUCUCUUCCCGUCUUCUUUUCUCUUCCCCGUCUUCUUUUCUCUUCUCUUCUCUUCUUUUCUCUUCUCUUCUCUUCUUUUCUCUUCCUCUCCCGUCUUCUCUUCUCUUCUUUUCUCUUCCUCUCCCGUCUUCUCUUCUCUUCUUUUCUCUUCCUCUCCCGUCUUCUCUUCUCUUCUUUUCUCUUCCUCUCCCGUCUUCUCUUCUCUUCUUUUCUCUUCCUCUCCGUCUUCUCUUCUCUUUUUUCUCUUCCUCUCCCGUCUUCUCUUCUCUUCUUUUCUCUUCCUCUCCCGUCUUCUCUUCUCUUCUUUUCUCUUCCUCUCCCGUCUUCUCUUCUCUUCUUUUCUCUUCCUCUCCGUCUUCUCUUCUUUUCUUUUCUCUUCCUCUCCGUUCUCUCUUCUUCUCUUUUCUCUUCCUCUCCGUCUUCUCUUCUCUUCUUUUCUCUUCCUCUCCGUCUUCUCUUCUCUUCUUUUCUCUUCCUCUCCGUCUUCUCUUCUCUUCUUCUUUUCUCUUCUCUCCUUCUUCUCUUCUUUUCUCUUCCUCUUUCUUCUCUUCUCUUCUCUUCUCUUCCUUCUCUCUUCCUCUUCUCUUCUUCUCUUCUCUUCUCUUCCUCUCCUCUUCCUCUUCUCUUCUCUUCCUCUCCCCUUCUUCUCUUCUCUUCUCUUCCUCUCCCUUUCUUCUCUUCUUUUCUCUUCCUCUCCCGUCUUCUCUUCUUCUCUUCCUCUCUUCUUCUCUUCUCUCCUCUCCCGUCUUCUCUUCUCUUCCUCUCCCGUCUUCUCUUCUCUUCCUCUCCCGUCUUCUCUUCUCUUCCUCUCCCGUCUUCUCUUCUCUUCCUCUCCCUUGAUGCUGUGUGGAAUGCAAGAAAUUGAUGUAGAUGACUGGGAAAAAAACACAAUUUACAGACAUUAUCAGAGAACAAGUAAACAAAUUGCUUGGUUCUGGAAGUUUGUACGUGAUCUUGACAAUGAGAAGCGAACCAGGUUGUUACAAUUUGUAACUGGCACAUGUCGACUUCCUGUUGGCGGAUUUGCUGAGCUAAUGGGGAGCAAUGGGCCACAGAGGUUUUGCAUUGAAAAAGUUGGCAAAGAAACCUGGUUGCCCCGGAGCCACACAUGCUUCAACCGUCUCGAUCUCCCACCUUAUAAAAGCUAUGAACAACUGAUGGAGAAACUGACCUAUGCCAUUGAAGAGACAGAAGGGUUUGGCCAAGAAUAA